AUGGUGUCAUCUGCAUACUGUAGAGACACAAUACCGCCUACCCUAAAAUUUUCAGAGCAUUUUUGCAAGAACGUCACCUUCUGGAGCUAUCCCUUUAAUGAUGCCGCGGGCUUCCCCUACACGUACGUGUGGACGGGCUACUUCUUCGGCUACGGGCUGCCCGGCAUCGGGCAGGUGCUGGCCCAAGCACCACCCGACGACAAGGCCGUCAUCCUCAGCGACGGCGACACCGAAGUGUCGUUCGUCGACGAGGGGGACAUCGGAACCUGCACGGUGCUGGCGGUCGACGACCCGCGCGCGGAGAACAGGACGCUGUACGUCAAGCCGCUGGCCAACACUCUGUCGCACAACGAGCUACUGGCGCUCUGGGAGAAGAAGACCGGCAAGACGUUCGAGCGGGUGUAUCUCACCGAGGACGCCAUCCUCAAGCAGAUCCAAGAACUUCCGGUCCCGCUGGACAUCCUACUGUCAAUUGUGCAUGCGGUGUACAUCAAGGGGGAACAUAAGUUCAAGAUCGACCCAUCGUCGGGGGUGGACGCCGGCGAGCUGUACCCGGACGUGAAGUACACCACUGUCGAUAUUACCUCAACAGGCUGCUCUGAACUUGACCCGCAGGGUCUCCAUCGAGUGCGCACCAAUUACCAAUUGGAAAGAGAUGACAUUUUGAAACCCAACCUCGUCACUUUCUGCUUUGCAAAUGCAAACAAGAUCCUCACUGUAACCACGCGCAACCAGGAGGAAGACGGUCUGGGACUCAGGGGACAUAGGGUGUACACUAAGCUCCAUUCAUUUGCUUAUUCAAAUUUCCGGUAA